GUGAUCCAUUUUUAGUUGAUUACUGGCUAUGGUGUAAUCAAACAUUUUAGGGUCCAUCCCUGUGUUGAACAUUCCACUCUUCUAGGAUGGACAAUACUUAGAGCUAUGCUGGGAACUGGAUGAAAUAAGGCUCUGUUUCCUUUAGUGUCUCUUGUUGAAAUUCUUUGCAUUGUUCUGACUUCUCCAUUUACCUUAAUCUCAUUCUGAAGUUUUCACACUGGGGUGAUGCACUGGAUCAAAGGAGAUUCUGGGUGGACUUAAGAUGUCUUCAGUGGCCAGGCGUCGCAGAAGACAAUAUGGAACAUCUUCAGUAGCUAAAAGCAAGCCGUAUAAACCUUUGCUGCCGACUUCUUAUUCUCCCCAAGAGGGCUACUUAGAGGAGGGUGAAGACAUGCUAAGCAUUAAAGAAUUAUGGCAGAAUGUGGCUGAUUAUUCAAAAAGGAAUGAAGAGAACCAUGAGCGAUACCAGUCCACUCAGUUAGGGGAUGCCAGCGGCAGGAACACAUGGAAAGAAGAGCUUUUCCAGCACUUUUAUCAAGUGGUUCAGAAAGCCCGUGAUCGAGAGAGGCCUUCAGAUUGCGUUAUUGUUUCUAUCAACAACGAACAGAGGGACUACGCAACAGGCAUAGGUCAUCAGUUGCAGGAUCAUGGCCUUAUGGUGGAAAUGAUUCACCUCUCCUCGGAAUCGAGUCUUACGCGAGCACUCCAGGAAGUUAAAGAUGAUGGGUCCCCGUUUUGCAUUCUUGUCGAACAGUCUAAUGUAGAACUUUCCUCUUGCACCGUAAUUAUACUUGAUGAGUCUAUCAAAAUACAUCGUCAUAUGCCUCUGGAAGAUGCCCUGGUGCUGGUAGCUAAAGAAUACAGGAGAUAUUUCUCUAAACGGGAGCAGCAGGAACAUGCUGGAAUUGCUCUGCGGGCUGGAGAUCUCCUGGACGACUUCUUGGCUCGGGAGUGCCUUCCCAGCUACUCUGUCCCUUUGGGCAUUCAGCACCUUGUCUUCCUGUUGACUGAGGGAAAGCAUUUGCGUGGGAAUGAGUUAAACCUGCUCAUUGACUACCUGAAGACCAGGAAAGGGCAACUGAAAGGCUUUGAGACGCCCAAGUCUUUGGCUGGCAGUGAUCAUCCCUCAUUUCAAGGCAGGAAUACCCCAGUGGUGGGCAAGCCGCCUCCACUUCUUCCAACCCCUGGAAAGGGAUCCUUCUCAGGCCCCCAUCCCCCCUUUCCUGCCAGGCCCCCAUUGUUAGGGGACAGACCAGGAGGGGCCCUCCUUUCACUACCAGGAUUGGUCAGCCCCAAAGGUCUGUUUGUCCCUCCCCUGCUUCCAGCAGCCCCCUCCAGGAGACCUGUUCCUUUGCGAUGCCCCCAUCCCAAGCGUGCGAAGCGCCCACUACUUGGGGAGAAGCCAGGCCUUCUAGCACCACCUCCAGAGAGAAUAGGGGAGCGGCAGAGGGAGAAGGAGAGAGAGAUUCCCAAGCAGGCUCCAUGCCCAGCGCAGAACCUGACACGGGGCUCAAUCCCAUGAACCGUGAGGCUACGACCCAAGAGGAAACCACAGGUCGGCUGCUGAAUGACUGAGCCACCCAGGUGCCCCACCGUCUGGAAUGUUCUCAUCUCUUAACUCCACUGCUUUCAUAGGUGUUAGGGAAUCUCGUUUUGGGGGCUGGUGUGGGGAAAGCCCUUUCUAUUAGUCUGUACGAACCACCUCUGAACUUGUGCUUGGGGCUCAGAUCUGACCAGAGUUGCCAAAGGGAAACUGGAGCAUGGUUAUGAUGCCCUAAAGGAAGGACGCUGGGCAGUGAAGUUCAGUUCCAGGUGAGAAAGUGCAACUGGAAAAAUCCUCCUAUUUUAGUAGACUGAAAGUUGAGGGUGGUUUCCUAAGGGUAAUAUUUAUUAUUCAGCGUCCAGCCAGAGGGAAGUAAUCAACCUUUUUUUUUUAAUGUUUAUUUAUUUAUUUUUGAGAGAGCACAAGUGAAGGAGGGGCAGAGAGAGAGGGAGACACACACAGAAUCCGAAGCAGGCUCCAGGCUCUGAGCUGUCAGCACGCAGCCUGAUGCGAGGCUCGAACUCACCAGCUAUGAGAUCAUGACCUGAGCUGAAGUCGGACGCUUAACCGACCACAUCACCCAGGCGCCCCAGUCAUCAACCUUUAAAAGCAGUUGAGUUUGCUUUUCUGAAUUGAGAAAAAGUGCACAUGCCAGAACCACCUUUGAGUCCCAUGGCGCUGAGCUUCAUCCUGAUUUCUGCUUUUAGAGGAGGUGCAGCUUGUCUGGGAUUAGAAGCCUGUCCCUGGGGAGGGUGGUGACAAACAGGUGCACUGUGAUUUCUUUGGGUCUGUCUGGGUGUCUGGUGGAAUGCACUGUGCUGCUCUGGGAGCUCCCGGGAGGACAGGAAAAGAGACUGGCCUCUGCAAGCCGGACCUGCUCCUUAGGUUUCCAGCACAUUCCAUGGAUGGUGUUUUCCUGUCUCCACAGAUGCCAUUUUCUUGCCCCAGUUCUCCAAGCUUUGAAGUCUUAAGUUCUGGGGGCACCUGGGUGGCUCGGUCAAUUAGAUGCCCGACUUUGGCUCAGAUCAUGAUCUCACCGUUUGUGAGUUUGAGCCCGGCAUUGGGCUCUGUGCUCUCAGCGCAGAUCCUCUGUCUCUCCUCUCUCUCUCUCAAAAAUAAAUAAACGUUUAAAAAAAUCAA